AUGGCGCGUGUUAACAUGUCAUCGCGAUUGUUAAAUUUUUUCCUUUAUUUCUGUUUAAUAUUAUGCUGCUUUUCAAGUUAUGUGAGUGCAACUCGUGAAUUAAAUGAAGAUAAUUGGAGAGAAAUCCUUAAAGGAGAAUGGAUGGUAGAAUUUUACGCGCCAUGGUGCCCAGCUUGUCACGCGUUAGCACCGGCGUGGAAGGAGCUGAGCAACCGUGCGGGUCGCAAGUCGCUGGCCAUGCGGACCGCUGCCGUCGAUGUCACCAAGUCGCCAGGGUUGAGUGGACGAUUCGUCGUCACAGCUCUGCCGACCAUUUUCCAUGUAAAAGACGGUGAGUUCAGACAGUACAAGGGUCCACGUGAUGCCGACGCGAUGCUGUUCUACGUGGAAGAGGAAAAGUGGAAGAGCGUGGAGCCGAUCUCCGCUUGGAAAUCGCCGGACUCGAUGCAAAUGAGCCUAGUGGCCCAGUUCUUCAAACUCAGCCAGGCUUUGAGAAGUGUCCACAAUAUGCUGAUGGAAACGUACGGACUUCCCACAUGGGGAUCGUAUCUUAUCUUUGCCGUGGCGACAAUUUUCAUCGGAGCAUUGCUCGGCUUGAUGCUGGUAUGCGUGAUUGAUCUCCUGUACCCACCGCGUCGACACGACAAAGUGACCGUGUCUCUGGCCGAAGCGGACGGACGCAAGCAGCAGAAUGGCAACAAGUCCGACGAUGAACAGGAGCUGAUCAAUGAUGAUAUCGUUGACGACGCCGAGGACUCUCAGAACAGCGAUGCCGAGAAAAACUCACCUAGCGAUACAGAGGACGAGUCGCAGCCGAAAGCAGAGGGCUCCGGCGACGACAAACCGAGCGAGGUGCGCAAACGGCGGCCCAGGAAGGCAGAUUAG